AUGGCAGCAGAUUCCAUCACCAUGCAGUCAGAACUCUUGGUUGCAGGUCUCCAUCCUCUGGCCGUUGUCCUCUGGAGGAAAUGCUGGAGUGGGAUGCAGAUGAGCCAAGCAUGCUCUGAAGGGGAGUUUACCUGUGUGAGCGGCCAGUGUGUGUCCAAGGAUUUAGUGUGUGACUUUACCGAGGAUUGUGAGGACAACAGUGAUGAAGAGGACUGCGAGGGCACGGAAAGGUGUGAUUUUGAGGGGGGAUUCUGUCAUUUCCAGACCAGUCCUCACACAGAGACGGGCUGGACCAGAACGGGAGGCCACACUGGUAUUGGACCCAGACUAGACCAUAAUGGAAGUCCAUCAGGUCACUUUCUCACUCUGCACUCUGCCAGUGGAGAGAAAGUCAGUGCCAGCCUCACAAGUCCCGUCUUUUUGCCAUCACUAUCCUGCAGGUUGACUUUCUACUAUCAUAUUGGGCAAGUUGAUGGGACUUUGGACAUUCUUAGCCAGACCAACACCACUGGUGUAGUCAUUAGCGGUUGGGUUAAUGUGUUUAAACAGGUGGUAAUAAGAGGGGUAAUCAAUAACAGCACGGACACAUCAGCAGCUUUGGCCAUUGAUGACCUGUCCUUCAGUCCAGACUGUGUUCCUGCUGCAGCUGUCCACUGUGAUUUUGAGGAGACAUCCUGUGGUUGGUAUGAGUAUGCCACAGGUGACGGCUUUGACUGGGUGAAGACCUCUGUGGCAGAGCUCCCCUCAGAGUACCAGCACCUGGCCCCUCCACAAGACCACACCACUAACAGCAGCAUGGGUCACUUCAUGUUUGUGCUGAAGAACAGCAGUAGUUUUACCCAGCUUGCUUUGCUGCGAAGCCCGAAGUUUGGGCAGGCGGCUGCGGGAUGUACCAUGACCUUUUGGCACUAUAAUUCAGGUUUGUCGGUGGGUGCUGCUGAGAUGGCCCUUCACAUCGACGGCAUGGACAAAUUUACGGUACUCUGGCGUACCCUUUAUCACCAAGGCAACGUCUGGCACCCGGUAACUGUUCAGAUAGGCCGUCAAACCAGGCCUUUCCAACUCUCAUUGGCCAAACUGAGUCUGGGCGUGUACGAUGGGAUCUCCGCCUUGGAUGACAUCACGUUUCACAACUGCUCGCUGCCGCUGGCCCAGGAGUCAUGCGUUGAUUCCAGUCAGUUUCAGUGUUUGACGACCGGGGCAUGUGUAGACCGCCUCCAAGUCUGUGAUUUGGUCGAUGACUGUGGGGACGGGAGUGAUGAGAGCAACUGUGAUGAGGGGUUUAUGUGUAAUUUUGAAGAGGGUCUGUGUGACUGGACCCAGGAGCAUGAGAGCGAUAUCUUUGACUGGACUCUCAUUCAGGGCCCGACUCCUACGCUGAACACCGGUCCCUUUAAGGACCACACCCUGUCCAACAUUGAUGGACACUACCUUUACAUCGAGUCCUCUGCCCCCCAGCACUUUAAAGACACAGCUGUCCUGGUCAGCCGACCCAUACAGCCGGCCCUGUGGCGUAUUGACAACACCCAAACCUGUGUCUUCCGCUUUCAUUACCACAUGUUUGGAAAACACAUCUUCCGUUUAGCCGUUUACCUGCGCACUCAGAGCACUGAGCGUGGCAGCUUGCUGUGGGUUCGCUAUGGCGACCAGGGGAACUUGUGGCACAAGAAGACCCUGUACCUCAAUAGUGCUCGCCCCUUUCAAAUUCUGAUAGAGGGAACAGUGGGAGAUGACUUUGCUGGAGAUAUAGCUAUAGAUGAUCUGUCCUUCCUGGGGUGUAAACCGUACAACGGUGAUUUGCCCUCAGCUCAGCCUAGCACUCCCACUCCUCCACCCGCUGUCUCCACGGCCCUCCCUCACAGCUGUCCUGAGGGCCAGUUUGUGUGUAACGCAUAUGGGGAGUGUGUGAACCAGAGUCAAGUGUGUGACUUCAGAUUUGACUGCUCCGAUGGUUCUGACGAACAGUAUUGUGUGAAGGAGGUGUGUGAUUUUGAAGGAGAUGAGUUAUGUGGGUGGUAUUUAGGUCACCCAGCCCCACCCGUUCCUCUCCACGCUUUCCGCUGGCUGACUGGACAGGGUGAGAGCAUACACCAUGGAGAAGAGUACCACAGACCGGUCAAUGACCAUACGCUCGGUACUCCACAGGGUUGGUAUAUGUAUGCUGAUAGCUCUAACGGUGGCUAUGGCCAAACCACUGACCUCCAGACCCCACUUAUCACAGCCACCGGACCCCAGUGCACCCUGGGAUUCUGGUUUUACAUGUGUGGCUUCACUGUGGGAACACUACAGGUUUUUAUCACGUCUGAAAAUGUUACUCAUGAAGUGUGGUCUCAGACUCGCAGCCCGGGUAACCAGUGGCGCUGGGCUGAGGUUUACAUCGGAAUACGUCACAACUUCCAGGUGAUCCUGCGCGCUAAACGUGGCGUGAGCUACAUGGGGGACGUGGUAGUGGAUGACGUGGUGUUUCGGGGCUGCGCCCCUAUGUUACCCCCUGACCGCCCCUGCAGUAGGGAAGAGUUUGCCUGCGCUAAUGGCAACUGUAUCUCCCAGGACAACCUGUGUGACUUCAUCGACCACUGUGGAGACGGCUCCGACGAGGACCAUUACAUCUGUAAGGGCUUCAGAGGGCGUUGUAACUUUGAGUUUGACCUGUGCUCUUGGAGGCAGUCCCACGAGGAUGAUGUUGAUUGGAUGAUUAAAGCUGAAAACACGCCCACGCUGGGGACUGGCCCAGCUGUCGACCACACCCUCAGGGACCCCACGGGUCACUACCUGUAUCUGGAGGGGUCGUUUCCGCACGUGCACGGAGACACAGCCAGAGUAGCAGGACCUCUGCUCAGCCACCGUAGCAAAAACUGCAAGAUGGUGUUUUAUCUGCAUAUGAUGGGAGAAGGCAUCGGGACGCUGAACGUGUACCUGCUCACACACUCCUCCAACGUGCUCUUGCUCAGCCUUUCCGCUGAACAGGGCAACUACUGGACCAGACAGGAAGUGCUCCUCUCCUCCACCGAACACUUCUGGGUCGUGUUCGAGGGCAAGGUCGGCAAAACGGGCAGGGGAGACAUUUGCAUCGAUGACAUCACCUUCUCCCCUGGCUGUCUCCUUAGCAACCUCCUGGAGCGUGACGAGGCAACUCCACCCCCCUCAGGUUCCUGUCCACUUGGAUCCUCUCAGUGUGACAACGGGAGAUGUUUCAGGCCAGAACAGUCAUGUGACUUCACUGAUGACUGUGGCGACGGCACAGAUGAGAGGGACUGUGGGACAUCGUGCACUUUUGAGAACGGCCAGUGUGGCUGGAAGAGGUCUCUGGCCGAUAACUUUGAAUGGACUUUGGGCGUUGGCUCUGUUCAAAGCAUCCGACCACCGUACGACCACACACUGAAAAAUGAGAAUGGUCAUUUUGUGUAUAUAGAGGCCACUCCAGUGGGGUUAAAAGGUGACAAAGCUCAUCUGAAAAGCUCCGUUUGGAAGGAAUCCAGCGCCACCUGCAAACUCUCUUUCUGGUACUACAUUUCCCAGAAGGCAACAGGAAUUAUCCGCCUCUCUGUCAAGACGGAGAAUGAGCUUAAGGAGGUGUGGAAGGAGCAAGGAAAACAGGCCGAAUGGAGGAGAGCGGAGGUGCCUUUACGGAAGCUGAGGAACUUUGAGCUGAUCUUUGAAGGAGUGCGUUCACGAGACGUCAGCGGAGGAGCCGCCCUCGAUGAUCUGGAGUUCAUCGACUGCGCCCCCAGUGCCGUGGGUCCCGGUUCUUGUCCAUUGGCUACAGAUUUUGUGUGUAAUAACGGUGCCUGUAUUGAGUCUCAUCUGGUGUGUGACAGUAAGGCUGACUGCAGUGAUGAGUCUGAUGAGAUGGACUGUAAUCUGAUCUUGGGUUUGCCGGGCGACUGUGAUUUCAACAUGCCUGCGGACCUCUGGGAGCUGAGCUGCCAGCUCAUCCAGGAUUCAGACGACGACUUUGACUGGACAGUCGGUUACGGCCGCCUGAGCACAGGGACAGGACCCCUCACCGACCACAGCCUUGAUGGUAAAGGCGGAUAUCUGUACAUCAACUCGUCCGGUAACAGAGAGGGAGACGUUGCCCGGGUAACAACCAAUAACGAGUUCCCAGCUAGUGUUGGCAUGUGCCGUGUUCGUUUCUGGUUUCACAUGCUUGGCUCCGAACGGAUGGGCACGUUGAAGGUGUAUACUGUAGGACAGAGUGGCACACCUUUGCUGAUGUGGGUGGAAAACAGAAACCGUGGAGACCGCUGGCAUUAUGCCAGCGUGAUUCUAUCAAACACAAUGCCCUUCAGAGUGACCUUUCAAGCAGAGGUCGGUGGCGACCAGUUGUCUGACAUUGCCCUGGAUGACAUCUCUUUCACCCCCGAGUGCGGAGGAGGAGGUCCUGGAACUCCUGCCCCAUUGGUCUGUGCCAAUGAGGAGUUCCAGUGUGUGUAUCUUCCGGAGUGUAUUCCGCUGAGCUGGCGCUGUGACGGAGAGCCGGACUGUGUGGAUCGUUCAGAUGAGGAGGGGUGUCCAGUCAUCUCCCCGGGAACGGUGCCUCCCCAGGAGCACUGUGGGCCGAGCCAGUUCCAGUGUGGAGACCACUCCUGUCUGCCUGCACUGCUCCGCUGUGACAAAGUGUCUGACUGCCCCGACGGAGAGGAUGAACACGACUGCUAUCUCCAGCAGUGUAAGGACGGUGAGCUGGUGUGUGAGAGCGAGGCUGAGUGUAUACCCUAUCACAAUCGAUGUGACGGUACUGUGAACUGCCCCCGAUUCCGCUCAGAUGAGUCCAGCUGUCAUGAAUGUCCUGCUGGUUACUGUCUGAAUGGAGGAACUUGUCUUGUGGAGAAAUAUGGACCUAUUUGCUUGUGUCAGUCAGACUGGACGGGAAACCGUUGCCAGGUGAAAGGGAAACCACAACAACCUACCACCUCAGUCCCUGAGACAGGAGAAGACACUGUAUAUGCUGGCAUUAGUGUAGCCCUGGUUCUGUUGGCCUUUGCUGUUGGUGUUACCUUUCUCUUCCUCUUCCUGCGAAAACGGACAGCAAAAGAUCCCUGUUUGAUUGACAAUGAUGAGUUGGAGAACUCCCAGUUCAACUGGAGACUACAGGAUUCUUUUGCGAAGGAUGGCAAGCUCUCAUUUCCCAACCCACUCUACAAAGAAUCUACAAGCUCUGAUGCAUGA